UAGAUUACGGUUUUGACCUUUCGGUUAUUUCUCUCCGUUAUGAAAUUUUCACUUUCGUUUCUUACACAACUCUGUUUCUCUGGAUCCAAAUGCUUCCAAUUUCUUCCGGUUUCUGCUUUCCACGGAUGACUUACAAAGCUCGAGGCCCUUUCCUCUAGCUCUCAUUCUAAUCUGUUUGGAACAAAAUAUUGAUGGUUUGACAGAUGGCAGUGAUGGCAACACUAAAGAAGACAACCACCACACUCAAAGGAACAAUGGGUCUGGAAGCAUGCAAUUUGCUGAUAAUGAUGUGAAAGUCCAUACUCAGCUCAGGCCUACAACUAAUGGGGAAGUGAAUGAGAAUUCCACAAAUGCUUCUGGUACUGGACCUCCUGCUGGUUUUUUGGGAGUAUCUCUUCAUUCCCCAUAUGAGAAAAUUGGAAUUAGCACAUCUUUUGUUGCUCCUUCCGCUGGUGCAGGGUUGCCUUUUGAUGCAAUGGUUCUAGGGUCAAUUUGGCCACUGGGCUUUUUGAUGAAGUAUUGCUCUAUGCUACAAAAUCGUAUGCUGGCUUAUCCUUCCUUUCUUUUUAAAGUUGGGACAGAGGACAAUGUUGAUCAGUGAUGCUGGGAAGUUUAUGCCUUUGGAAAGGACUCAACAUGGUUCUAUGACACAGUAAUAACAAGAUAGUUCUAUGACAAAGUAUAAACAAUGUACUUCUAUGGAAUGGUAUUAACAAUGUACUUCUAUGGAAUGGUAUUAACAAUGUACUUUUAUGACAUGUACUUCUAUGACAUGGUAUUAACAAUGUACUUCUAUGAAAUGGUAUUAACAAUAUACUUCUAUGACAUCGUAUUAACACUGUACUUUUA